AUGACCUCCAUUUCUGGGACAGCUAUUGAAAAAAGUAGAAUAUUGCCGUACCCUUCUCCAAAAGAGAGUUAUUCCUCCAACAGUUCAGAUGAUUUGGAAGAUCCCUUUUAUCGUAAAGAAAACGGUGAUGUUCACUUGUUGCCACGUGAUGCAUCAUUCUUAUUGUUCUUGGAUAGGGCCGCCAUAAGUAGAAGCAACAAAUUCGAUGCUCAAGGUCAUAAAGAGAGAGAUGAAAAGGUUUGCACGGCGGAGCAAGUGAGGGACGUGAAGAGCCUUUAUCCUUUAAUACCCUUAGGGCUCAUCAUUUUCUUCGCCUACAGCUUGACUUUUGCUUCUGUGAGGACAAUCCAAGCAAUCAGAGGACUGGCGAAACCAACUUGGGGUAUUUGUAUUGGGAUGUUUUGUUCAGUACUUUGUUCUAUUGCGGCUGCGCUAGUGGAACUUCAUAGGCUGAAGCUGAUCAAGCCUCCUUUCAAAGAAGACCCCGACCAUAUCAUUCCCUUAAGCAUCAUGGUUUUGACUCCACAGUAUUUUCUGCUAGGGCUAACGCAAGGAUUUGCAGAAUAUGGACUAGGGGCUUUCCUGUGUACUGGGGUGCCUGAGUCAAUGAUGAACUUUGUAGAACCGUGCAUUGAAAUGCUGUGGGGGCUUGGUAGUUUAUCCAGCGCACUAUUUGUAUUGAUUUUUCAUAGCUGGAUCAAGGAGUCCAUAAACAAUAGUCACGUGGAUAAGUAUUUUUUCAUGUUGGCAUCACUAAGCCUCGUGUUCUUUGGGAUUUAUGUAUGUUGUGCCAAGUUCAGGUUACUAAAAUUACCCCAGUUUGAUGGACCUUCACUACCUAACCAAGGCACUAUUGGAAGGAUGAUGAGUUUUCAGCUGGAAGUUCUGGCGGAAAAUAUCAAUAGUUAA